CAAAAUUCAAAUCGAUUUGUUUACUGCUAAUUAUGUACUUUAAAUUUUAAUCUAUUACCCACAUUUUACCCGACUGCAAAAAUUAUGAAGGGUUAUUGUAUUUAGUCGUAUAAGUAUAAGGUUUUUGUUGCUGAGUGAAGUGAAUGUUGCCUCUUGUUUUGAGUGGUUAGUAAAAUUAAUUUAGCCGCUUGUGUCAAUAUGUAAUUAAAAAUAAUAUUGACUGCAAUGCGAGUGCUAUUCACAAUUUCCUGUUGGCUUCUUGGUUAUUCCGAUACACUCAUAUUCAUCUAGUCAAGCUUCGGAUAAGAUAAGGUCAUUAUUAAAAUAAAGUUAAAUAACAAAAUAUGAAUAAUAUGGAUACAGAGUUUGUUAUGGAGUUAUUUUUAGAUGAUAAUGUGUCUACACUGAACAGGCUAAUAGUGGCUACAGCAAAUGUUGUCAAUGAAAAUGUGGAAAACAUUGCAUAUAUAAAUGAUUCACUAAUGAAAGAACAGAAUGAAACCGUGGCCUCUGUGACAAGCAGACAUUUGACCACCAUUGAUUCACCAUUGAUGAUAGAACAUGAUUUCUAUGAGGACACACUGAAGAAUUUUUCCCAGGAAGAUUAUUAUGAAAGGUUUAAAAUGAAUAAAACAACUGUUGAGGCACUUAUUAAUUUCUUAAACGUUUAUGUGAAGCCUGGCUCUUUUAUUGUGGAGCUGGAUAAGAAGGUGCAUGUAUUUCUGUGGCUACUAACAAAUGAUGUGUCUUUUAAAGAAAUAGGCGAACUAUUUGGAUUGCAUAAGUCGUCAGUUAGCUACAUUUUUCAUGAAAUAGCAACAUUGAUUGCGGAACAGAGAAAUCAAUUCAUAAACUGGCCAUCCUUGGAAGAACAGCAUGUAACAAGAAUCAAGGUCAAUAGUAAAUAUGGAUUUCCGAAUUGCAUUGGUUUCAUUGAUGCCUGCCGUUUGAAAGUUGGCUCCCGGAGAAAGACGAGACUAAAACCGGAGAUUAUUCUACUCCAAGCUGUUUGUGAUGAGAGGCUCAUGUUUAUUGACAUACAUGUAGGUGACAUAGGGAUAACGCGCAAAGGCAAAGUGUUUAGAGAGAGUUUUUUAUCAGAGGAACUCAAAAACUUAGUUGAUUUUGAUAAUCAUUUGCUAGGUGACUCAGAUUUUAAAUUGCGAAUGAAUUUAAUUACACCAUUCAAUUGUGAAGAAGUAGUAACAAGUGAGGAAAUGAGGUUUAAUGCAACACUUUGGAAGGCACAUAGUUAUAUCCAUCAAGCUUUUGAUAUUUUAAGAGACAGAUUUAGAAAGUUGAACCUCAUUGAUAUAAAUAAACCUGCAGCUGUGCAUACAUUAAUUUGUGCAGCGUGUGUUUUGCACAACUUUGUGCUCAUUCACGAAGGUAGUCCAGUUAAGGAGGAAGUGGUUACAACUGAUGAAGGUGUUACUAUAGAUACAGAUGUUGUUGUCACUGCAGCCGAAAAGCGACAGUUUUUAUGUAAUUAUAUAAAUUAUAUGCAAAAUCCUAAAAACUUUUGAAUAAAUUAUUUCCAAUUUGAAUCUUAA